AUGCUCCUUCUAACUGCAAGACUAACUCUGUCCAGCCCGGCUCCUCCUGCCUGUGACCCCCGACUCCUAAAUAAACUGCUUCGCGACUCCCACGUCCUUCACAGCAGACUGAGCCAGUGCCCAGACUUUAACCCUUUGUCCACACCUGUCCCGCUGCCCACGGUGGACUUCAGCUUGGGAGAAUGGAAAACCCAGACGGAGCAGAACAAGGCACAGGACGUUCUGGGAGCCGUGACUCUCCUGCUGGAGGGGGUGAUGGCAGCACGCAGACAAGUGGGCCCCACCUGCCUCUCAUCCCUACUGGAGCAGCUCUCUGGACAGGUCCGCCUCCUCCUCGGGGCCCUGCAGGGCCUCCUGGGAACCCAGCUUCCUCCACAGGGCAGGACCACAGCUCACAAGGAUCCCAAUGCCAUUUUCCUGAGUUUCCAACAGCUGCUCCGAGGAAAGGACUUCUGGAUUGCUGGAGAGAAAUCCCAGUGCCUCAGCCAGAACUACUGGCUCUGGACUUCUCAACAGACUGCAGGGAUUCAGAGCCAAGAUUCCUGGUCAGAUGAACCAAACCUCCAAGUCCCUGGACCAAAUCCCUGGAUACCUGAACAGGACGCAUGGACCCUUGAAUGGAACUCGUGGACUUUUCCCUGGGCCCUCACCCAGGGCCCUAGGAGCCGCAGACAUCCCCCCAGGAACUUCAGACACAGGCUCUUUGCCACCCAACCUCUGGCCUGGAUAUUCUCCUUUCCCAGCCCAUCCUCCUACUGGACAGUACACCCUCUUCUCUCCCCCACCCACCUCCCCCACCCCCAUGGUCCAGCUCCAUCCCUAGCUUCCUGA